CACGUGCUCCCUAUGACACCUGGCAUCACUUCCUUCAUUCUUUUCAUCAGCGUCCUCCAUUUUGAACGAAAGUUUUAAGAUUUAAACCAGAACUACGAUAUUUAAGUGAAGAUGGCAGAAAUGAGCAGUGAAGAGAGACGACAGAAACUAUUUGUUGGUGGAUUGAAUCGAGAAACCUCAGACGACAAUUUGAGAGAGUACUUCGAAAAAUAUGGCGAACUAACUGAUUGCGUGGUUAUUCGUGAUAGUGAAACAAAACAAUCCCGGGGUUUUGGUUACGUUACGUUCAAAGAUUACAGAGUAACGAAGAAAGUGCUUGAGGUAAAGCGAACGCAGGGACCUCACGUAAUCGAUGGCAAAGAGUGCGAGGUGAAGCGAGCAAUCCCCCGAGACGAUUCCAGUAGCACAGCGCAUCAGAAGACCAAGAAAGUGUUUCUUGGAGGAAUACCAGAUAGUGCGACCGAUGAAGACAUUCACAACGCUGUAGCUGAUGUAUUAGAAGCCAAUCCCGUACUAGUAGACUUGAUCAAAAAGAAAAACGAGCCAGAUAAGCACCGUGGGUUUUGUUUUGUGGAGUUGGAAAAUGAAGACGAUGCCGACGAGCUAUGCUGCAUUAAGAAAAUCGAACUCAAAGGGAAAAUGGUCGAAAUCAAGAAAGCAGAACCUAAGGGAGGUAGUGGUGGUGGCGAUAGUGGUGGUCCCCGAGGAGGUCGGGGAGGAGGACGAUCUUUCGGCGGUGGUGGAGGUCGAGACUAUGGCCGAAGCAGAGGUGCUGGAUAUGGCAGUGGUGGUGGUGGAUAUGGGGGUGGUGGAUAUAGUAGUUAUGGGGGCGGCGGCGGUGGCUAUGGUGGUGGUAGCUAUGAUAGCUAUGGUGGUGGUGGUUAUGGGGGAUAUAGUGAUGGGUAUGGGGGAGGUUAUGGAGGAAGUUACCCGUAUGAUAGUUAUGGUGGUGGUAGUAUGGGUAUGUAUGGACAGAGUUCGUAUCCUCCAUCCAAUGGUGGAAGAGGUGGCCAUGGAGCACGCUAUCGUCCCUACUAAAUGUUCACAAGGUGUCUAGCACAGAAUGAUUGCAGUCUUAGUCAGAUUACCUAGGAUCAGGGCUAAGUUAAGACUUCAAGGACCUAGCAACAACCUAGGGACAGCAUCUAAACUUCGUCAGAAGCGUCGUCAAUCAGCAUGCCCAGAAGAAUCCUAGGCCAGAUGUAGAUGAAGACUUAGGACAUUUUUCUAUAUAAAUUAUAUUGUCUCAUAGUGUAAUGCAUUUUAUUACGUUUUUAUUCAAGAAAUUUUCCAUUUAGAUAAGUUUAGUUGCGUAUACGUAUUAAAGUAAGGUUUAAAUAAAGUCAUCAUAAGUCAGGCUUGCCAUAUUCAGUGUAUUAUAUAUAUAUAUUGGUUUCAAAUGAGAUCGACAGGAACAUAUGCUGGAACUUCGACAUUUUUUUUUGAGUAGAUUAAUCUUUUGGAGUCCCCUCCGAUCCCUUCAAAAGCUCUUCAGUAUCUUAUCCAUUGCUGAUCUAAUCUUCGCAAUACCUUGUAAGAAAAUAUGAAAAAAGAAGAAAUAGUCUAGGGAUGUACCUAUCCGGAAUUCAUUUCAAUUUUUGGUUACUCCUAGCCGUACGUGUCUUGGCAUUCAUGUUGAAAAGUUGGAAAAUAGCUACCAGUAUUACGAUCAAGUUUUUUUGUGUUUUUAUGUAUUUUUGGGUUUGAUUUAUGUUUUCUCUUCAGUGAUGUGCAAAGAUCAAGGUCUUCCAGUCUACUGGAAACAUUUGGGUCUCCUCACUACACCUCAUUCAACACUCCCACCACCGUGUAAUAAUCUUUGACUGUAGAUAUUUCCAUGUCUGGUCUGUAAGUUCGUUUUAAAAACAGUCCCAAAGUAGUUUUUGUUUAAAACAUCAGUCAGCUGGCUUAACUGUCUAAGAAGAAGAAAAGGAUCUAGAGUUUUAAUUCAAACCACAAUUUCCCUCGCUUUGCAAUUUUAGUGUUUUCAAUCCAAUUCCUUCAUUGAUGGUCAUUGAAAUGCAAGUUGGCAAACAAAACAUCAAACUUUAAGGGUUGCACUUCUACAAAAUUGGUUGUAAGCAGAAGACUUUACAAUUCUAAAGGUCAGGGAUUUGGGCUUUUUCAAUGAAAUUGUUUCACAAACUGAACUCAUUCCAAAUUUGAUGGAUAUUUUGAAGAUGCUAUUUUCAUAGAGUUAUUGAUGUUGAAAAUGAACUUUUGGAUUUCAAACAAUGUUUGGUGCCAAUCAGUGCCUGUUUGACUACAGAAGUUUCUUAAAUCAGAAAAUUCAAGAAUUAUUGAGUAGCAGAAGAGUUUACUGACUAGUGAACCAUGAAUACAUAAAAAUCUUCUACAUUUGUUUGUGUUAGGUAAGUACACAGGCUCCCCAUAGUAGUGAGGAGAACCAUAAGAGAUGGUGGUGCAGUUCAUGGACCAUUAAGGUAAGUAAGACAAAGUCUACCAGCAUUUUGCUUGGUACUAUUCAGCUGAGUGAAUAGAGAAAAACAUAUUUUCAACUAUUCCUCCCUGUAAGGGCAACUUUUGAUUAGUUUGUGCCACAUGCACUACCACUACAUUCAUUAUUUACAACACUUGACUCACAUGUUUGAUUACUACAAGGGAGAUAAACUGGAAAACCCCUAUUGUUAAGGGAGAGAACACAAGAAGAGCUCCACUUACAAUGUGGCUCAGCUUGGACUCGAACCUGCCACCCAAGGUGUCCACUUACUACAUAAUGGUAAGAGACAGUGCCAUAGAAGGGCAUGCCACCAUAGACUCUACAAGAAAGUGGAAAACACUAUUCUUUCAAAGACCAUGGGGGGGGGGGGGG